CCUUAACCAGUGUCCAGUGGUGGUAAAACCACAGAUAUGUUCCCCCGCACGAGCAGCUAGACGUUCCGCAAACUCAUUUUUUUUCGCGCAAGAAGAACAACAAGAAAAAAUUGUCGAACCGUACCUCCACAAAUUCAGUGGACUCAUUCUGAAUGUACGAUUUGUUUGCCCGUUUUCAAGAAAAACAAAAAGAAAUAAUGGGUCGGGAAACAUUCUUGGUAAAGAGAAAGAGUAAGGCACGUACGAGAAUCCUGUAACUGUUCUAUAAUCUAUUUUGUAGCUUGCAGUUUGGUACCUUUUUCGUGUUGCGUUCCUUUCUUGAGUCGGAGAGCUGCUCAGGUCUGAGAGAUAAGGAGUUGCUAGACGAAAUCAAGAAAAAAAAACAAGAGAGACAAAGUAGAUGAUCUGGUGCUCUCGAGAGACAAUCGAACACUUUGCGAUGUCGUUAUGCUGUCCUUCGUUCAUCUACUGAGCAAAACGAGGACAUGAAGCCGUCAGAUUAUCGCCGCAGAAGUAUGCAAUAUGGAAACUCAGCAAUAUUUUUAGGCAAGAACGUCGAAGGGACGUGCCGGUAGUACUGAAAAGCAGCUUCAUCUACCACCCACCAAACAGCUUUUUCAAACACAAAAGCCAUGGUCGCCCAAGAGCAAGGCCGCGCCGAGCGCAUCGCGCAGCUGCAGCUGAUGCUGCAAACGGCGGAGAACAAAUUGCCUGGCUGCAGCAGCUCCACCAGCGGGGCCUCAUCCGCGAAAAAUAUGAACGCCGCCAAUUUCUACCCCAAGAAGCAGCAGUUCGUUUGCACGAAGCAGGGGCAGCGGCUCUACUCCGGAAGAUUCGGCGACGGGGAGAAAAACAACCACGAGCCCAGAGCAUUUACCCGUACCUGUCUCCGCCGGGAAGAGGACGCAGCAGUGAUGGAGACGCUGAAGCUAACCGCUUCUGGAGCAGCGAACGAAGGAGGGGAACAGCAAACCGUUUUCGGUCUACCCUCGUGGUCCCCGCGAAGAGGGGGUGCGGGGCAUAUUACGACACGGCGGAAAGGAGGUCUAUUCGCGACCGGGGAAGCGGGGAACCGGAAUAAGAUGGAAACUGUGCGAUCGCUGUUGGGAGGAGACGAGGACAAGAUGCAGGUACAGUUUUUCUUUGAUUUUAGGUUUUUUUUUUGUUGCAGCAUAGUACCACGUGCUCAGGUUGAUUAGGAGUCAAAUGAAGCAUGAAAGUCGGCAAGAAAAACCCCGAUUUCGAUAUUGAACCACAGUCCACCCGCAAGCUCGCACCACCAUCCCGUCCGGAAGACAUAGACACCACGUGCACGAAAACGCACUUCUUUCCCGCUACUCGGUCCCAGCAGAAAACCACCUACAACGUGGCGCUCGACGGCCGCAGUCUCCAGUUCGACGUGACCUGUCUGACGAAGACGAGUUCGAGUCUGAAACGGUACACGCUGGUCUACGAUUUGUUUGACAACCAGUUGAAGGUCGUGAUCCCGGAGUACGCGGUGAAGGACGGACUUGAGCAGGUGGACGCUUUUGGAAAUUUCGUGAAGAAGGGCUACUACCGGAAUGGGGAGAAAAACAACAAACUCUUCUCCCCGACAGACUUCGCUUCAAUCGGCGCGGAGUUCGAGCUGCAGGGCUUGAAAUUCCGCGUGGAAGGGAUGUGCCCGUUUGCGAGCCAGUACUUGGAACGGAAUCCGAGUAAGAGUAAGGAGGUUGCUGCUGGUGCUGCUCAGGAGGAGGUGCCGAGUGCGGCAGGUGCUGCAAAUACGACAGCGAAGCCGGAACUGUCUGCUACCACCGUUUUCAAGAUUCCCUCUGUCGCCUCCGCUGCCGCAGCGCCGGUUUCUGAGUCUACGUUGAGCCAGAUGCUGAAACAGUUGAUCACCACGAUGCAGCAGCAGGACCCGCGAAAACUGUUUCGGCAAUUCGACAAAGAAAAGGACAACGUGCUGUGCUUUCAGGAUUUUCAGGUAGGAUUUCCCUUCAUGAUCAUGUGAUAAAAGUUUCAUGCAGUUGGUUUAAAUCAACAUGUUGCAAUCUCAUGGCAUUUGUGAAGCACAAUAGCAAGCGAAAAGAACACUUCAAUCCAAAUCAGGCCCUCCUCUUCGCCUACGGCUACCGUCUCCGUGCGGUCGACGCUUCCCGCCUGUUCCACUUUUUCACUCCCGCUCCGUCCACUGCGAUCAAAUUCGAGGAGUUUCUGAAAAUCUUACAUCGGGAUUACGCGAAAGUCGAUUUGAUCGAACUCACUCCCUUUUCCGAAGAACAGUUUCUGAAUUUGAAAAAGUCGGUUGACGAACUGCAAUUCCAGAAAAACACGAGGAAGAACUUGCAGCAGAUGGCAUCACUUGUCGCGAGAAGCUCCUGGAAGCACCAGAUUCUGCAAAAAUUUCGACAGCGCGAGAAGUCCAACGUGUGCUUCGUGUCGGCGGCGGAGGUUUGCGACGCGUUUUCGAUCGCAACGGGGGUUGGGUUCAGUGUGGAAGAAGUGGAAAACGCGCUGUGCUUGCUGUACAAAAAGGAAGAUGUAGAGGCGAAGAUUUCCUACGUGCGGCUCAUUGCCGACUUGGAACGGGUGCAUUAUGGGUGAGUAGAGGCGUGGCACCGUUCUAUUUUUUGUGGUGCGGAAAUUUGAUUGACAACGCCAAUGAAUUACUACCCAUUUUGAACUUUCAUGAACGUUCUCGCGCCACCCAUAGUAGUACCACUGCGUGGGGUGAACAAGACGUUCGUACUUGAGCUUAACUUUUUUACUGUGCUUUUUUUUUCGUGUAAAAUCUAGAAUGCAACUGCGUACCGCUGAAUGAAAACUUAAUGAUACCAAGAGUUGAAGAACGAGAGUGCCAGUGCGAGAGUUGAGCUACUGUUUUAUCGAAAUUUACACAAACAACGUGACGCCGUGUCUCUGACCGAUGCGGCAAUGAAUUGUUUUUAUGUUUCUUUUUCAACGAACACAAACUUAUUUCACUUGAACUUUUCGAGAUUCACGCAGUACGGACUACGGUGCUGGCUCGCGGGAGCAAGCAGAAGUCUUGAGCUUACCUUUAUUUGAGAAUACAGAACAGAACUUGACUAGUAGGGAUGACGAAGUAAAAGUCAAUGACUGAGAGCUAAUUUUUCAAAAUGAGAAUCUUUCCUGAAGAAAACAAAUUUAGGAAGAGCUUUGACGUCCUGUCGUUUGGACAACACAGUAAAUUCAUUUUCUCUUGUCACUCCUUGU